CGUCUUUGUGGGCACCUGCUGUCUGGGAGGCUGUUAAGACCUGGUGGAGUCCAGGCGGUGAUCCGUGGCAUCCUGGAGGAAGCUGGAGGCCACCCGAGACCAGCUCUUCUGGGCAGAGAACAGUUCAUUCCCAGAAUUUUUGCACCUCCCUAUUUAAAUAAUUAAGGAAUAGCAUCAGCAGAAAAAGCGGGGAAGAUCCGAAGCAGCCUGGCAAGAUACUGAGCUAGUGGAUCAGUGCCUGGCUUGGUCGAAGGCAGUCAGUCUCCCUGGAGCUGGGGCUGCGGGGGGCAACAGCGCAGAAGCGGCAGCAGCUGACUGGCAGAAGUGCGAGGCAAUAGCCAAGGUCCUGUCCUCGUGUCCUCAGCAGUCUCUGUCCCUGGAGGAUUAUUGUCAACAGAUAUGCCCGCAGGUUCUGCAGCUGUUUCUCAUCCAGGAUAAGCUCACAGCACGCCAGUUCCAGCGAGUGGCGACCGCAACUGUCCUCACCAUGGUGAGGCAACACCCACAACAGGCAGAGAAGCAUCUGCUGUGUCCCCUGCUGGAGCCACUGUUGCGCUGCCUGGGGGGACCAGAAGGUUCCCUGGCAGACCUGCCAGCCGGGACCGUGCUGGUGAAAGAGGAGUUGCUCACUGGGUGCGUGGAAACAGUGUAUAAGGUCUGUGUGGUUGGUGAUGAACCCUCGCCUUGCCUCUUGGGCUCCUUGCGGCUUGCGCUGGGGGCCAUCUUCUCCCUCUGGUGUUUUACCAAGCAGAACGUGUCUUUCUUACGCACCCCCUGCCAGGAGAUCCUGUUGUGGUUCCUGGAGAAGAGCGAGCGGCAGGCCUCUCUGGCGGCCCUCGAAGGCUUCGCGGAGCUUAGAGGAACCGUCCGCCUGCUCCACCCACGCUGCCAGUUCCAGGUGGCCAGCGAAGGGGGCGUGGUGGUCACCAUCAAGGAGGCUCUGAGCGAUGAAGACGAGGCUCUCUAUCAGAAGGUUUCGUCAGAGCAGUGGCGGCUGGAGCAGCUGGUGGACUUGUUGUCGCACUGCCGGAGUGGUGGCCUAGCCGGAGACUUCUUCAUAUGCUGCUUAAAGGAGCUGACCCAGAUAGCCUCUGAGGAGGACCCUGCGCCCCCUUCGCAAGUGGGCCCCCUGGAUCUGGAGCAGCCCUGCAACCCAGCCCUCCCGCAGCAGAUGAGGCAGCUCCAGGUGCUUCAGGUGGUGGCCGUGCUGACCGAGGGCAUCUCGGACUCUUUGCUCACGGAUGUCAGACAGGUUGUGGAAUUUGUGGCAGCCACUCUGCAGCGGGCCUGUGCGAGUCUCACCAAAGGCUUAGUGGGCGCUGUGGAGGCCCAGACCCUGAGCAUGGCCAUGGGGCUGGUGGCAGCCAUGCUGGGUGGGGCCAUGCAGCUGAAAUCCGAAGACUUUGCCACCUUAAAGCAGCUGGUGCCCCUGCUGGAGGAUGUCUCCCGGGUCCACCCAGAGCCCGUCAUCCAGGAGCUCGCAGCGGACCUGGGCAUCUCCAUCUGCACCCACUCCGCCUUUUCUACAGAGGCUGUCUGCGCUGCUGCUUGCAAGACCCUGGGCAGAAGUGGGGGGGCGGCAGGCCAAGCAAGGACCGCUGCAAGCGCAGGCACCCCGGAUGGAACAUCCAGACCUGUGGCGCCUCUGCCCCAGAAGCCCCCCAGGAACAGCUCAGAGGAGCGUCAGGGGAUGGGGUCCGUUGCAGAGGAAAGCUCUGACCUGCAGGAACUUCUCCUGGGGGCUUAUAACCCUGAUAUCCCCGUGCGAGCUGUUGCCUUGCGUCGCCUCUCCCGGAUGAUUGAGCAGAGGGAUCCCGGAGCCCUGAAGAUUCAGGAGAAAUUGCUGACGGUUUUUGUGGAAAACCUGGAACACACAGACUCCUUUGUUUAUCUUUCUGCUAUCCAAGGCGUGGCCCUGCUGUCUGAUGCCUUCCCGCAAGAAGUCCUGCCCUUCCUGCUGGCCCAGUACGGGAGUGCCCAGAUGGCGGAGACCAGGAUGAAAGUGGGGGAGGUGCUGCUGCGCACGACUCGAGCGCUGGGAGAUCUGGUCUUCCAGCACCGGGACAAGCUGAUCCAUGCCUUCUUGCGAGGAGUCCGAGAUCCUGACAGCUCCCUCAGAGCCAGCAGCCUGUCCAACCUGGGGGAGCUGUGCCAGAUCCUUGGUUUUCAGCUGGGCUCUGUGGUCCAGGAGCUGGCUUCCUGCUUAGCAGCUGUGGUGAAAACUGACCAUGAGGCCGAGGUCCGGAGAGCUGCAGUCCACGUGGUGGUGCUUCUGCUGCGGGGGCUCAGCACGAGGGCGGUGGAGGUCCUCCGGGAUGUCCUGCUGGAUCUCUACCGCCUGCUGAAGUCUGUCGUGCGCUGUGAGCAAGAUGCGGUCACCGUGCUGCACGCCCAGCUGGCCUUGGAGGAGCUGGACGACAUCCUCAGGCAGUUCCUCUUCCCUCCCCAGACUCUGCAGAAGAAGAUUGAGGUCCUGCCCUAGGGGACGCUGCUCCAGACGGCCUCGGCACUGUGCCUCCAGGGAUGUGGGGUUUGGGGCCUGGCGCACCCAGCCCUCAGAAGCCCUCGCUAGGACAGAGGGUGUCGGCCUCCACCGCGGGCGCUGCAGCUUCUGUGGGAACUUUGCUCCUGUGGGACAGACUCUGUACCAGCUCUGCUUUGUUAAGUGGGGACUUGAUCCCAGUGAGAGAAGCGCUACAGGAGACAAGCAGCUCCACAGAAACUCCUGAGAUUGGCCAGUGCAAUAAACAGAGCCCAGCAGUAGCA